UUCCACGGCAAGUGUUAUAUCUCCAUGGCUGGUUGGUAGGAUUGAGAACAGGAACAUCCACCAAGUCAUCCAGGAGCAUCCCACCAACUCCAUUCUCCAGGGAAGGGGGAGACCCCUUCUGAGAGGGAUUGCUGCAGAGUACCAGCCAGUCGACUGUGGGGAGCAGACACUUCCACCAGGCUAGAGCGGUGUCCGGCUAUUGGGGUAGAAGAGAAAGAAAAAGUAGGUGGGUGUGGAUUCCCCAGCUACCUGUUUGCUAAGAGUACCCAUUUCGCCCCUGUAGUCCUCUGCAAGCAAACAGUUGCAGUAUACAUCAUGUGAAAUCCAUUCGACAUUGUGUAGAACCAGUUUAGAAUAAUGUAAACAUGUUGGUUACUAACCAGUGUUAGGCAUUUUUACUCCUCAAUGAUUCCUUAAUGAAUCACUAGAUGUCCACCAUCUCCCCUCUCCCCAGGUGAAGAAAGUGAACCUAUCCAAGGACGAGUCCCUGACUAUCCUUGGCUAUGGAGGGACGGGACCAGAACUCUUAGCCAAUGAGACCCUGAUGCGUGAGGGUCAGGUGAUUCGAAGCUCAACCAAUCAGGUGCAGAUUUACUACCGCAGUCUCCGGCAGACUGAUCAUGGUGUGUUCAGCCUACACUAUCAAGCCUUCCUCCUCUCCUGCUUGUUCCCUCUUUCUCCUGAGGGAGGGGGUGUGACAGUAACGGACAUCCACCCCGGAGGCCAGGCCCACUUCCACUGUGACCCUGGCUUCCAGGUCAGGGGCCACGAGGUAGCCAACUGCUUGAACAUGACUCAACCCCAUUGGAGCUCUCCUGAACCUCAGUGUGUGGCUGUGUCAUGUGGAGGGUGGAUCCGAAAUGCGACCGUGGGUAGAAUCUUCUCGCCGCCUCCUCCAUCUACGAGUAACCAUAGCAACAGCAAUAAUCUGAGCUGCCAUUGGCUACUGGAGGCCAAGGAGGGACACAGGCUUCACCUCCACUUUGAGAGGGUUGCGCUGGACGAGGACAAUGAUAAGUAAGU